GGGACAAGAAGCAAUUGUUGAAAUCUCUUUUGAAAGCGCUCCAAAGUCUUCAGCUCUCCAGUGGCUUUCUCCAGAGCAGACUUCUGGAAAGAAACACCCAUUUCUCUUCAGCCAGUGUCAGGCUACCCACUGCAGAGCCAUCCUUCCAUGCCAAGACACACCUGCUGUGAAGCUAACAUACUAUGCAGAGAUAUCCGUUCCUAAAGAGCUGGUGGCUCUCAUGAGCGCUAAUCGCGACGGAGAGAUGCCUGACCCAGAGGACAGCAGUCGGAAGAUAUACCGCUUCAGUCAGAACGUUCCCAUACCUUGCUACUUGAUUGCUUUAGUGGUUGGAGCUUUAGAAAGCAGAAAGAUUGGCCCAAGGACACUGGUGUGGGCUGAAAAGGAGCUAGUGGAUAAAUCAGCCUAUGAAUUUGCUGAGACUGAAGCUAUGCUGAAAACAGCAGAAGAUUUAGCAGGACCGUACAUAUGGGGACAGUAUGAUUUGUUAGUCUUACCACCUUCUUUUCCUUACGGUGGUAUGGAGAAUCCUUGUCUUACUUUUGUAACUCCAACACUAUUGGCCGGUGAUCGAUCUCUGUCAAAUGUUAUUGCUCAUGAAAUCUCUCACAGCUGGACAGGAAACUUGGUAACAAACAAAACAUGGGAGCAUUUUUGGCUGAAUGAGGGACAUACUGUAUACCUGGAGCGCAGGAUUGGUGGUCGGUUGUUUGGUGAGCAGUUCAGGCACUUUAAAGCCCUAGGAGGUUGGAGGGAACUGCAGAAUACGAUAAAUACUUUUGGAGAUAAAAAUCCUCUAACUAACCUCAUCCCUAAUCUGAACGAAGUGGAUCCUGAUGUUGCUUAUUCGUCUGUUCCAUAUGAGAAAGGCUUUGCUUUGCUUUUUUACCUUGAACAACUUCUCGGAGGACCAGAUGUCUUCAUUGGCUUCUUGAAGGCUUACAUUCAGCAGUUUGCUUACAAGAGCAUAGUAACUGAGGACUGGAAGAAGUGCUUGUACUCCUACUUCAAGGAUAAGGUUGGCAUUCUUUUAAAAAUAUUACAGUAGCUUUUUGUGUUUCCAAAGUGUGAUCCUUUGUUUUUAAUAUUUGACAGGUAUGAUGAGACACUAGCGAAUGCUUGCGUUGCCUUGAGCCAAAGAUGGAUCAAAGCAAAGGAGAGUGAUUUGGGCUCAUUCAGCUCAGCAGACUUGAAGGAAAUGUCAUCUCAUCAGUUGAUUGAGUUCCUGGCACUGUUGCUUCUGGAGGCUCCUCUUCCAGUGUCACAUGUCCAACGAAUGCAGCAAGUGUAUGACUUCAAUGCCAUCCAUAAUUCUGAAAUAAGAUUCAGAUGGCUGCGCCUGUGCAUCAAGUCCAGGUGGGAAGAAGCUAUUCCUCUGGCUUUAAAAAUGGCAACAGAUCAGGGCAGGAUGAAGUUUACUCGACCCUUGUUCAGAGACCUUUACAGUUUUGACAAGUGUCGAGAUCUGGCUGUCAAAACGUUUCUGGAGCAUAGAGCCUCUAUGCACCCAGUCACUUCAAUGCUUGUGGGCAAAGACUUGAAACAGGACCAGUGAGAAAUUUACUGAUUUCUUUGAAACUUUCUUCUUGCUGAAGGAAGAGACUGAUUCCACAAACUGCUGAUAUGCGUGCUUGAUCAUGCCAUAAAAUGCUCUACUGCUUUGGUACUGAUUUAGCCUAAAAUUAACUUUCCAAAUCACGUUCCGUACUUUCUGUUUUACACCUCUAAGUAAAACAGCAAAAUUGCUAAAUCUCUGGAAUUAGGAGCAUUGUUUUGUUACAAGCAAUUU